GAGAGAGAGAGGAGGCGCCGCAAAUAAAUGCUGACCUAUGAUUAUAACUCAGAGUGUUUGACAACUUCUUUACCUUGAACAUGGAAAUCCCCAUGAAAACCCAGUUAAUCUUCUCCGUGGCCUCGGGAAGUGGUGGCAGCGUCAGCCUGAGACGAUUAGUACUGCAGCACGCGUACGUCCGGCUUCCCAAACCUCCGAGGGAGCUGCUCGUGCAACACACUGGCAGAGACUGACGCUGGGUGUGGGUGGAGCAGCUGGAUACAUGGACCUUGCUGGGUGUGUGAGUGCCUCCCAAAGAAGAGUUCCCAGCGCCACGGCUCCCAAGACCUCUGCCAAGCUGGGCAAUGUCAGUCUGGUCAUUGGACACAAGUCCCGGCAGGUGGCAAAAGUGGACGUGGCUGUGCCCCAUCAGGACGUCAUUGUCUCCAGUCAUGCGGUCCAGCGAGUCGCCGCUCUACCGCACGGCACUGACCCCAAGGACGUCCCGAUCCACAGCAGGGACGUGGCCACCCCUGCCAAGUCCCUGGACACAGCCCCAAGUGUUCCCUGGUGGGCCAUACUCGCUGGGCUCCUCCUCCUCCCCCUCCUCCUCCUCCUCCUCACCCUGCUGCCGUGGAAGGUGAGGGAGAGAGAGAGGGACUUUGAUCACUGUCCCAGGCAUGGCCAGAGGAAUGUUGAUGAUGAGGUUACCGUAGUAUCUUUUUUUUCUUUCCUACUAAUUCCUCCACCUCGGAAAAACUGA